CUCAUUUGCUUCCAGCAAGGGAAAACAAUCGAGACUGAUUCUAUAAUUUUCACUUAUAAAUAGAGAAGUUAGCCUUCAGCAUUUCUCACCCCUCAACGAGUAAAAUUACUUGAAGAAUAUAUAGAGCGUGAUCACAAUGAAAGGUUUUCUACAAACUUUCGUUCUUUUGGCCUUGGCUUCCUCAUUUGUCUCCGCAUUUGACCCCAGUCCGCUUCAGGACAUCUGUGUAGCCAUCGAUGAACCAAAGAACGCUGUGUUUGUGAAUGGGAAGUUUUGCAAGGACCCCAACCUCGCCAAAGCUGAGGACUUCUUCUUUUCAGUUAAAACGCCUGGAAAUACAACCAAUCCACUUGGUUCAAGUGUCACACCUGUGACAGUAGAUCAAAUUCCAGGACUUAACACUCUUGGCAUCUCAGCUGCCCGCCUUGACUUUGCACCUUAUGGCGAAGUCCCACCUCACACUCACCCUCGUGCCACUGAGAUUCUUGUCGUCUUGGAGGGCACUCUUUUCGUUGGGUUCGUCACUUCCGAUCCCAACCAUACAUUUAUAAGCCAAGUUCUUAACCCGGGUGAUGUGUUCGUCUUCCCCAUUGGUCUCAUUCACUUCCAAGUCAAUAUCGGAAAAACAGAUGCUGUCGCUUUCUCUGGUUUGAGUAGUCAGAACCCCGGUGUGAUUACCAUUGCCAGUGCUGUGUUUGGAUCAAAUCCUCCGAUUAAUCCAGAUUUUCUUGCCAAGGCCUUCAAGUUGGAUGUGAAAGUGGUGAAAGAUCUUGAGGCAAAAUUUAAGAUGGAUAAUUAGAUAAAUGUGUCAAAUGCAGUGAAUUAGCUCUGUUGUUUGAAUAAUGCUUGCUUGUUUUGUUAUUACAAUGGUGUAAUAAAGUGGUUACACGUUUACAUGUGUCUCCACUCACUUAAUUUUAUCAGAUUUUAAUAUAAUAUUGUGUCUAUCUUUCUUCU